ACCUGCAAUUUUCAGUGUAGACAGUGAACCUUAAGCGAUCCAAAUCAUGGAGGCUAACCAGGAAUCAUCCCUCUUCUUGGUGAAGAUUUUGGAGGAGCUAGACACCAAACAGAAUACAGUUUCCUACCAGGACCUUUGCAAAUCAUUGUGUGCUCGAUUUGAUUUAUCUCAGCUAGCCAAGUUGAGAAGUGUGCUGUUUUAUACAGCUUGUCUUGAUCCAAAUUUUCCAGCAACUUUAUUCAAAGACAAAAUGAGAUGCACUGUGAACAAUCAGCAAUCAAAGAAAAUCAUGGUGGCUGCAGAUAUAGUAACAAUAUUCAACCUGAUCCAAAUGAAUGGGGGUGCGGCAAAGGAAAAAUUGCCUGCGGCACGACAGAAAGUUAGGAAGAAUGAAUCAUUUGAAUCAUGUAGGUCUGACACUGAGAUAUGCAGUGUGAUAGACUGUGUGCCUCCUAAUUGCGAGCCAAGAGAUAGAGAAUUUGACCGGGGCUAUUCAGCAAGACGAUCAUCCAAAUGCAGGAAGAUGGACUGCAAAGACUGUCAACAGUUUAUACCUGCCUCAGAGCCUAACUUUUUGUUGGGAGUUAAUAAGGAGACAAAAAGCCGGGCAGCUUCACUUGACAGGCUGCAGGCCCUGGCAUCCUACUCCAUUGCAAAUUCUCAACCGUGUGAAAUGCAGAGCACUUAUUUUCCCAUGAACAUUGAGAAUGAGUCUAUAUCAGAUCAAGACUCCUUGCCCAUGAACCCCGGGAUCAAAGAAACCUUCAUUUCCAAUGAGGAGCCAUUUGUGGUGCAGUCCUGUGUGCAGAAGAGAAACAUUUUUAAAGAAGAUUUUCAUAAUCUGAUCACAGUGUCACCGAGCUUACUGCCUCCUGGCAAGAAAGCAGAUGAUGUGCUGGGGGAGCCGCAGACCAGAAAAGAAACUCAUAAGCCAGCCUUCUUUAAUCACAGCUUUGAAAUGCCAUACAAUAGUCAAUAUUUAAAUCCUGUUUACUCUCCCAUCCCUGACAAAAGACGGGCAAAGCAUGAGAGCUUAGAUGAUCUCCAAGCUUCCACAUAUUUCGGACCCACUACAAUUCUAGGGGCCCAAGAAGUGAAGAGGUGGUCAGGGAGGCCAAGUAAGCAGACUGCCUGGCCAGCAAAGAGCUGGAGCUUAAACACUGAGGAGGUACCUGACUUUGAAAGGUCUUUUUUCAAUAGGAACCCUCCUGAUGAGAAACCUCGAUAUCAGGGUUCAAGCAAUCAGCCAUCCAAUUUUUCAGGCCCAGACAGGCACCAGACAUACCUAAAUCCAAAAGAUCAACAAGCAAUUAUCCCCACAAGUUAUGCAGUAAAACAAAAUGUUCACAAGCCUAAAGAGAUUCCCUCUCCCAUCGACAUGGAGAAACAUGAACCAAUCAAAAAGUUUAAAGACAAAAGCAUUAACUGUACCACAGUUCAGAUGAGCAUUGAUAAAACCAGUAGUGUGGGGACUCAAACUGACCAGCACAUUCUGGAGCUCAAAAAAUGUAAAGAUCUGUGUACCUCUGGUCAAGCCAAGUAUGGCGAGAGGCAUUCAAUCAAGCAGUCAGAUGAGGACUCAGAAAUUGUCAGUGAUGACAUCAGUGACAUUUUCCGGUUUCUGGACGACAUGAGCAUCUGUGGUUCCACAGGAGUAAUACAGUCCUCUUGUUACAACAGCACUGGGUCUUUAUCUCAGCUGAAUAAAUCAGACUGUGACAGCUCACCUGAGCACAACCUAGCCAAAAUCGCCAAUGGGAGCAUUGGCAAUAAGAUAGACAAGGGGGUCCGAUCUGAAAAGGACAAUCCUGAAGAUGAGUUGAAGACGAGUGUGUGCAAACUAGUACUUAGGAUUGGUGAGAUAGAAAGAAAACUGGAAUCUCUCUCAGGGGUCCGAGAGGAAAUCUCCCAAGUUUUAGGCAAAUUAAACAGAUUGGAUCAAAAGAUACAGCAGCCUGAGAAAGUCAGUGUCCAAAUCGAUCUGAAUUCCUUAACAAGUGAGGUUCCAUCUGAUGAUAGCACCUCUCCCCGAAUAUUCCAUCCCCACAAUGGCUCACAUGGAAGCAAGUUGGAAAACAGUCCAGACUGGUGUUGUUCUGAUGCUAGUGGAAGCAACAGUGAAAGUCUUCGAGUCAAGGCCUUAAAAAAGAGUCUGUUUACCAGAAGGUCCUCAAGGUCACUGACAGAGGAGAACAGUGCUACUGAGUCCAAAAUAGCAAGCAUUUCCAAUUCUCCCAGAGACUGGAGGGCGAUCACUUACACCAAUGAGGUUGGCCUCAAUGAAGAAGAGAUAAAAGACAGAGGGGCCGCAGAAAAUAAGGAUUGGCACAGAAAAUCAAAAGAGGCAGACAGACAAUAUGAAAUUCCUCAGCCCCACCGACUAGCUAAGCAGCCAAAAGAUGGCUUCUUGGUGGAACAAGUCUUCAGUCCUCACCCCUACCCUGCGUCACUCAAGUCACACAUGAAAAGCAACCCAAUGUACACAGACAUGAGGCUGACCGAAAUGGCCGAAGUAAAACGAGUCCAGCCUUCUUGGACCAUAGAAGAAUACACAAGGAACUCUGGGGAAAAGGGGAAGCUGACAGCCCUGGAUCUCCAGACUCAAGAAUCUUUAAACCCAAAUAAUUUAGAAUACUGGAUGGAAGAUAUAUAUACUCCAGGCUAUGAUUCAUUAUUAAAACGUAAAGAGGCCGAGUUCCGAAGAGCAAAGGUCUGCAAAAUCGCUGCCUUGAUUGCGGCAGCUGCUUGCACAGUCAUCUUGGUCAUUGUAGUGCCCAUUUGUACAAUGAAGUCAUGAUUCCAUAAAGAGGACCAGGGAAAUUGGACUGUCUACUGUAUAUAAUUCCAGAUCUCUCCUCCUGUAUUUUCACAUCUUGUGGCAACAUAGUAACAAUUUGUUGGAAUGAAAGUGAUAUCAUGGUGGUUCUCCGGCAAAUGAUGAAGAUAAUUUUCAAGAAAGUCUACUUUUAGAAAGAAAUAUACCUAUUCAAGUCAACUCACUAAAAAUUUUUAUGCAUUUUAGAAGUGCAAUAUUUUUCCUACCAAAACAAUGCAACAUUUUAUCAGUAAAAUUAAUUCAAUUCCAAGCAAAAAAGGGGGAAAGAAAAAAAAAGUAUACAUUUGCCUCUUGUGACAUUUUUUAUGUGGGUGAGCAGUGGCAAUUGUGUUAUAAUGAAGAAAUUUGAUAUAUGUCUCCUUGGUGAGGCCAGGAGAUAUUACAAUGUAAAGAAAUAUAGAUGUAUUGUAUUUUUACUUAGUCAUAUGUCCAUUGAUUAUCCAAUAGAAGCAGGUUGUAUAUCCAUGAAAGGACUUUAUUUCCAUGUUGAAAUUCUUAAAGGGCUCUUGAUUAUUCAUUCUUGCCCUUCUGCCUUCAUUACCAUCCAUGUGCAAAUUCUUUUCCACUUGGCAGAUAUCCACUUUAUUAGGUUGUGCACCCUUCUUGCUUCUGCUCAUUAUUGAUUUGUGAGAAGGGAGAAUGGGUCAGUCCAAUCAGGGUCUGGCAGCAAAAUUCACCCUGGAAACUUACUCAACCAAAGCAUUGAGCAUUGUUGACUUACACCUCUUCCCAAAAUGUGUGCACACACACGCACGCCCACACACACACACACACACACACACACACACACAAAUUAUGUUUGAUAGCAUCUAAAAUGAUUUAAUUACUUUCAUUUUUUAACGUAUCAUUUGAAAAUCACGGAUACCAAAAGAUGAAAUUCCUUUCUUUGCAGGGGUGAUGAGCAUUGGUCUUUAUAGCACUCCUAUUUAGACCCCUGACAUUAUUUUCCUUACCAAUGUAAUUUAGAGAGAUCAGAACAACUAUUUCUGCCUCACAGGAUAAAGAUAACAGUUUACUUCUUUUAUUUUCACGGCAUAAUA